AUGGGAAUAAUUGGCUCUUCUUUAGCUAAUAAUCAAAAUGACGAUUUUCAUAAUUCUCCUCCCCGUAUCAUAUCAUUAAAUCCAUCUUUUAAUAAUAGAUCAGCAAAUGAAAACUUGUGUGAUUUAAUAUCACAAGGACCAAAUAUUAACAUUCAAAAAACUUCAGUUGUUCGAAAUUCCAUAAAUUUACGCAGAAAGACAUUAAAAUUAGUAAAUAAUGGAAAUAAUGUUUAUUUAAUAAAUUUUAUUUUUGAUUCACUAUAUGAUGUAGAAUUGUCUAUUUAUUUUUGUUGUAAGGAAGAAAUUUCCGAAACACAGGAGACACUAUAUAUCCCAACAAAAUAUAAAACAAUUAAAAAAAUAUUUCAUAAAGAAGUAAAUCAAGUAUAUAUAAGUGAACCAGAAGAUGGAAUUGAUUUAAAAAAUAUUGAUAUAAAUGAUUUGAAAUGUAAACCAAGUUAUGAAUAUAUUAUACCUAUUCUAAUUGUUCUGAAAUCUAUAGGAGCAUCUAUACCGCAAGCACAAUUUAACUUUGCUUAUAUACAAGAAAAUGAAAUAAAAGAAAAUAAUAAUGGAGAAGAUAAAUAUAAAAUUGUUCUUUAUAGACAAAAAAUACAGUUUGGUAAUAGAAGUUUUGAAGUUCAAGAAAUAUUUGGUAUAGAAAAAUCUAAUGAGGCACAAACUGAUCCUGUUAACAAUUUUUUAUCAGGGAGGGAAUGUGUAAUAUGCCUUUCUGAAGAAAGAGAUACAGCUAUUUUACCUUGUAGACAUAUGUGCCUAUGUAACUUGUGUGCUAACAUUGUUAGAAUGCAAAAUACAAAAUGUCCGAUCUGCCGACAAGCUGUUAGAGGUUUAUUACAAAUUUCUAUUGAAAAUAAUAAGGUUCCUAAUAAUACAUAA